AACGAUAUGGAACGCGGGUAGAAUAGGAGACGUCAAUAUCGAGAUGUAUUAUUAAGCUCUCUGGAUUUGUGGUUGGGUUGCGGAAGUUAGUGAAGUUGAAAUGCUGUCCUCUAUGGUAAAGGAACACCAACUCAAACAAUCACGAAGAAAAGAAGAACAAGAAAGUAGACGGAAGGAGACUGUGGAGGCCGCAAACGAGCUAACUCAAGCAUUGGUAGACCAUUUAAAUGUGGGAGUUGCGCAAGCUUACCUGAACCAAAAACGGUUGGAUACCGAAGCUAAACAAUUGCAUGUUGGUGCAACAAACUUUGCGAAACAAUCACAACAAUGGCUCCAACUAAUUGAAGGAUUUAGCAGCGCUUUAAAGGAGUUAGGUGACGUUGAAAAUUGGGCACGAAGUAUUGAAGCGGAUAUGCAAGUGACGACCUAUUCGUUAGAAAUAGCUUAUAAAACAUCUCGUGAAAACCAGCCAUAGCUAAACUGAAUUUGAAUAAAAUAUCUAUGAAAUAAGGAA